AGAGCUUCUCCAAAGGAUCAGCCAGGAUGUGCGACAUAGGAUUGCCGUGCGGGUAUGAUCCGGGUCGGUGCAUGGAUGCACCGCCUGAGAAGCGCCGCUUGUUCACGAUCUUACUGCUCUACUGCUGGCAGCGGGAGUACAACAAACGACCGUACAUGAAGUUCCAGUUCCGCAGAUUGGACUUUGAGGAGCGCUUGGGACGGAGCUACCAUUGCACUCGUGACUUUCGCAUCAUAGUGAACUUUUUGCUGAGGCGACCGCUGCAGGAGGUGUCCAUCUGGAGCGUGGUGGUGAGCAACUGGGAUGCCAAGCUGCUGCAGCAGUUUGCCCGCUCGCUGAUUCCCGUGUGGAAGAUCGAGCUGAAGCUGAUGCAGUUGCCAACAGAGUUCUUUGUGAUGUUGCGUCUCAAUGCGGCACAGAUGCACGUCAGCGAGCUCAAUUUGGAGGGUACGCCCCUCAGCGAUCAGAAUGUUCGGCUGCUGAGAGAAUUUCUGCUGGUCAGCAAGACCCUGCGCACCCUCAACGUGUCCCACUGCAGUCUCAGCCAGUACAACUUUGCCCUGGUGGCCGAUGGCGUCCACAAGUCGGGUGUUCGCAGCCUGAAUGCCAGCCGCCUCGUGGGCCUCCAGCUCAGCCUGGAUACGGAGAAGAUUGCCUCCAUAAUUGGCUCGCUUCUCAUGCAGAACGGCCUGGCUGUGCUCACGCUUCAGCACUGCGAGUUCACGGCCCAGGACAUGCAGCCCAUCGCCGAGUAUCUGUACAGCAGCAAGUGCGCCCUGCGGCAGCUCAAUCUGGCCAGCAAUCUGAUCUCCGCCGAUGGCACCCUUCUCCUCAUGCGAGGCAUCGCUCAGGGCGGCGGUCUGGAGCUGCUGGACAUUAGCUGCAACAGCAUUGGGACCCAUGGCGCUGAGUGGAUCGCCAUGUAUCUCAGCUCGUGCCGCAUGCUGCAGCACUUGUAUCUGAACCACAACGCCAUUGGAGCGUCGGGCAUCAACCUCGUUCUGCUGACCAUCAAGAAGGAGUCGAAGAUGAAGCGCCUGAAUCUAUAUGGCAACAGCUUCGAUGCUCGCUCGGCCAUGAUCGUGCGGCGACUGCUGGACGCAGAGGUGGUGCUGCACGAGGAGAUCGAUAUAAGUUAUACCUACGAUGAGGCUCUGCAGGACUAUCGCAUUGUGCCCUGGCGUUGACUUGCCCAUUGGUUGUAUUUUUACUUAGCUGUGCUAA